CUAUUAUUAUUAUUACACAAUUAUUUUUAUUAAAAAAUGGGAGAGUUGUGCCGUUUUCGGUUGCCUUAGUGGCCGAAAGGCAAGUGAGAAUUUAGGAAAAGUGGCUUUAUUCAAAGCACCAAAAAUUCUGUGUAAUAACAAGACUAAAAAGAAAAUCAAAAUGAUAUCAGCAGCUGUAGAAAGUACAGAGGAUAAAAUACAGGAAGGGCCAAUUCGAUGUAUAUUUUUUUCCGAGUUUCAUCAUAUAGCUGGACCAAAGAUUACUUGUCAGGUACCUGAUAAUUUUGUAUCAAAAGAUAUAUUUGAUAAUGUCAGCGUUUAUAUUAUACCAAAGGCACAAUUACAAAGAAGUACGAUUACUGUGACAUUGAAAGAUUAUAAAAUUUUAGGAUUUCCUGUGAAAAUAGAUGAUAAAAAAUAUGCCAGAAAUGCUUUCUAUUUUAAUUUAUGUUUUGUAUGUGACUCAGAAGCUCGCACAGUUCAUUAUGAACCAGUAGUUAAGAAGAUGUCAGAUUUUCUGAUGGCUUUAGAAAUUGAGAACUGUUUCUUAUCCACUUCUGAUGAUAAAAGCAGAUUAGCAGAAAUGCUAAGACACGUAAUGCAAGAAUUAAAUUUGCAUAAAAUGUGUACACUGACAGAGGGAACAAUGACGUCGCAUUUAAAAGUAGUAAAACUUGCGCCAGAACCUAAACCGGUCCUCGAUCAUCAAGUGCCAAUAUUCUUAGAAGGAAGAGAAGCAUUUCAUAGUGAUCAAUGGGAUUUAACUACUCAGCAAGUUUUACCGUAUAUAGAUGGCUUUAAUCACGUCGCUCGUAUAGCAGCUGAAGCAGAUGUAGAAAACAAUUUAGUUAAAAGCUGUGUGCAAAAUUUAGCAUAUUAUAGCGUUGUAACCUUAAUUCCAAUAUUUCAAUACAGUAAUGUUUAUGCGGCAACACCAAAAUUAAAGCAAUUAGCAGAAGAUGUGAAAUUACAAGAAAGAUGUAUUUCGUAUGCAUCUAAAUCCUCGAGACAACCCGCAUACCUCAGAGAUAUAUAUCGUACUUAUGCAAGCAUGACUCAUAGCUGCAGUAUGAGGGACUUAUGUCAACGUUUGAAUCCACAAAAUUUGAGAAUUAAUGAAAGAAGAUUGGUCCAAUUUGGCCUAAUCGAAGGUUUUAUACGAAGAGUUUAUAAGUAUCCCAUACUUCUGCCUGGAGUACCAUAUAACGAAGAAACACGAAAUAAUCCUGUUUAUAAAUAUUUUACGGGAACAUAUAAUUUGGAUGAAAUUUGUUGUAGUACAGGUCAAAGUGUAGCACAAAUAGAAGAAAUUGUUGAACGCGAUCCAAAUAUCGUUAUGCUAUGGAAAUAAUUUAGUUCUAUAAAUUAUAUAUAUUUAUUACAUUAUUCAUAUUUUCUAUAAUACAGAUAUGUA